AUGGACGGCAUCUCACGAGCCCUACCUGCCAAAGACCGGCUGAAACGUCGCGAUGGGCCUGGAGACGCCCCCAUGGCCUCUGUUCAGCAGUACAACCAGCCCGGCAUGAACUACGGCCGGUCGUAUGGCGUGCCGCGACGCGGUAGACCGGGGCCUCCCCAGCGGUUUGCUCCUCCUGGACCUCCGGGACCUGGCGGACUUCCCGGAGCGCAAUCCCACGGAGGCCCGGGGCCUCGUCAACGAUACAAACCGGCCAAGCAGUUCCAACCGCCCCCCAAGCCCGUGCAGCCGCCUCCACAGCAGCAAUACUACGAUCAGGGCUAUGAUCAAGGGUACGAUCAGGGCUACGAUCAAUACGGAGGAGGAUACAACCAGGGCUAUGACCAGGGCUACGACCAGUACGGAGGGGCUCAGGGGUAUGACCAGAACUACAACCAAGGCUACCAGAAUGCUCCCCCACCACCUCAGAAUCACGGACAUGGACACUACCAGCAACCACCACCUCCCCAACGCGGCCCCCAGGGUUACAGAGCGCCUCCUCAGCAUGCUCCUCCUCCCCAGCAGCAUCACAAGCAAGCUCACGCCCCACCUCCCGCCCAGAAGCACUACGACCAGGGCUACGAUAACCAGAACUACGAUCAGGGCUACGACCAGGGAUACGAUAACCAAGGAUACGACCAGGGUUAUAACAACCACGGAGGUUACAACGACGAAGGAUACGACAACCACGGUUACAGCGAUCACCAGUACGAUCAGCCGGCUAACAACGGAGGCCAGCCACAGUCGUAUCCUCCUCGACAGGACGAGUAUCAGCAUCAUCCCAACAACAGUUACCAGCAGCCGCAACAAAAUGCGUUUUCGCAGUCGGAGCCGGACCUCACUGCAGGCAUCAACAAUCUUAGUGUGCGAUCCAAGAGCCCAUUGCAGAACCCGGGGCCUCCCGUGCAGUCGUAUGCAGCCACAGUGGCCAAACGGAACUCGCCCCAGGCCCAGCAUCUGCCCUACCCUCUCCCCAAGGCCAAGGUUCCUGCGCCUGCGUCUGGGCAGAGCUCCGUGGUAAAACCGUCCAUCCCGCAGCAGGCGUCUCGUAGCACGCCCGAUCUGCACGACUACAACCGCGGCAGCAACGACUACAACCACAGCAGCAACGACUACAACCGUGGCAGCGACAGAGGCAGCAACGACAGAGGCAGCAACGACAGAGGCAGCAACAACACGUUUUCGCCUACAAACACCGAGUCGCGUGAUUCCCAUGACUCGAACCCUGGCUUUCAGUUCACGUCGGCAGCAGCGUCAAACUCGUACAACACAAACACAAACCACAGCGACAACCGAGGGGCGGAAAUCGAGCGCAAAAUCUACGUGCGAAUGUCGCAUUAUCCUCAACCCGAGAACCCCGUCAACCCCAUUCCUCACCAGUACGUUGACAGCUACAAGGAAGAGAAUCCCUACGACGAAGAGCGUACUCAGCUGCCUACACAUGCUCCUCCUCCGGUUCCUCAGCCUCAGAACAGCAAGUACGCACUGGACGUUCCUGCAGCAGUGCCUGUGAAGCCCCCGAUGCAUAUCAACACAUCAUCACCAGCACAAGCGGCAGCGCAGUUAUCGCACCCCUCGCCCACAAAGGCGUCUUUUUCACAUCCCAACGCGCCCUAUCCCAUCAAGACAGGCAACCAUGACGGACGAAGAGGUGAUGACAGAAGAGGUUCAGAUGACCGACGACAAGAUCCUCGUGGAGGUGGUGGUGACGACCGACGAGGCUCAGAAGCAAAGACUAGUGAAUUCCCGAGCCCCAGUAGUCUCACAUUCACGCAUGCGUCUUUGGAGGCCAAAAAACAGCGUGCUAUGGCGAACCCAGACGACAAUCAUGCCCAGCUUGAGUACGCACAGGCAAUGUUCAAGGCUGCAGCUCAACUGGCAGACAAGGCCCAGAACGGAAACCCCAUCGACUCGAAAACAGCCAAGAAAAAUAGAGACUACUGGACAACGCAGGGUCUGAAGAUUGUCAAGAAGCUGGCUGCCGUCAACUAUGCGCCUGCUCUGUUUGAGUAUGGAGUCCAGAGCUCAGACAAAGAGCGAGCGUUCGAUCUGUAUAACAAGGCAGCCGGUCUGAGUCAUCCUGAGGCCUCUUACAGAGUCGGAGUGUGUUUCGAGCUGGGUAUUGGAACCCGACGAGAUGCUCGAAAGGCUGUUCUGUGGUACAAACGGGCUGCUGAUCUGGGUGACACAAAGGCUCUCUACAAGCUUGGCAUGACUCACCUUCACGGCACUCUAGGGGAGCAGAAGAAUAUUCAGGAGGCUGUUGCGUUGUUGGAAGAGGCUGCUGCCAAGGCUGAUUCAGAGAACCCACAUGCCCUUCAUGAAUUGGCUCUUCUAUAUGAGCGUCCCACUUAUGAGAUGAGUGCGAUUUCGGCCGAUGGGCGAUCUGUGGUUCGUAAGGACGAGACUCGAGCACUAUCGCUUUUCAUGGCUGCAGGCAAGCUCGGUUAUCCUCCUUCUCAGUUUCGUCUGGGCUGCUGCUACGAGUAUGGAACUCUAGGCUGUGAUGUCAACGCCAAAAAGUCCAUUGCUUGGUACUCCUAUGCAGCUCAGAAGGGCGAGCCCGAGUCUGAACUGGCUCUGUCGGGCUGGUACCUGACCGGCAGCGAUGGUAUUCUACAGCAGAGUGAUACGGAGGCGUAUCUUUGGGCUCGAAAGGCGGCCGAGAAGGGUCUGGUCAAGGCCGAGUACGCUUUGGGAUACUUCUGUGAGGUGGGUAUUGGUGUGCAUAAGGAUCUGAACGAGGCCAAGAAGUGGUAUUUCAAGGCUGCUGCCCAGAAGCACCCCAAGGCCAUUUCACGGUUGAAGGCGAUUAACGAGUGUUAA